UGAGAGUACCUGGUAGUAUUAUUCGGCGAGACCAAUCGACGCCGACCCCUCGCAAUCAUACAAAACUGGGCGUACUGAGGUGACGAGUGGGGCGAGGCGAGGUCGAUCGGACGACGUACGCAGACGCAAAGGUGUUGGUAGACUGAGCCUCGACCGGUGGAUUCCGAUCGGUCGAGACGCCGCUACAGUGCCGAGUGGGCUGCUACAAGAGGCAGUGUCUACGGGUGAGGCUCCGUGCUGGCUGAGUGCGUGCGCCUCUCUGCUUCCGCUUCCGAUUCUUCCCAAAUUCGGGCGCUCCGUCAGCCGCGGCCACACUGUCGCUGCGGCAUCCGGGGCUUAAAAGGGGGUGCUGGUUCUGCUGCAGGGGAAUCGCCCAUGGAAGGCUCCCGGGGGAGGUGUAGAUGGGGUGGCAGGCGCAGAUCCAUGCUAAUGGUGGCGCUGGCCUUGUGCUUCGUCGUGGGCGUCUCCCUGUGCUGCUGCGCCCGGUCCGGGGCUUGCAGUGCCAGUGGCUGCAGUGGGAGGAGUACUGUGGUGGCGCUCCGUUCAGAUUUUUGGAGACGAAGAACAGCAUCGUUCGGUAAUCAGGAGCGGUUAGGCGCCAGCGGGAGCGGGGGAGGACGGAGGCUGCUGGUGGUAGCCGGGCCGGGGUCGUACCCGCCGCGGUGCACGUCCAAGUGCGGCAGCUGCAACCCGUGCUACCCGGUGCACGUGGCCGUGCCGCCGGGGGUGCCGGUCACCACGGAGUACUACCCGGAGGCGUGGCGGUGCAGGUGCGGCAACCGGCUCUACAUGCCAUGAUCGGCGCAAAGAUGAAAACAAGGCCGGUCUCGAUCGGCACCUGACCGAGCCGAGACGUCAAGCCGCGCGCGGUGAGCUUACCGACGCCGAUCGACCUCGGCGCAAGCUGACGAGAGAGCCCGUCGUCGCGCUGCAUUAUUGCUCGGGGCGGGGGCCGGGCGGCUCGACCGCAGCUGCAGCUGCAGCAGUGCCAUGGCUGUCGCGGCGCGCCUGCCUCUGCCUGCAUGGGUGGAGCUGCAGGGGGUGGUGGCCCACUGGGCCGCUGGGCUCUGUUUCUGUGCGUGUCUUCUCUGAGCCGCUGGAAUUCGCACGGCCCUACCACGACGCGCCGGGGCAUGGGGGGCUGUACGGCGCGUGCUGUGCUGAGGCUGGGAGGAGUGAGAUACAGUGCACUGAGUGCAGCUCCUGCACGUGUCCAGAUCAUCUGUCGAUAUGGUUCUCUGUUUUAUUUCUUCUGUUUAGAAUUUUGAUUCAUUUUUGCGCUGGUGAUCUUCUUCACCGCAUGGCGUGUGAAUGAUGUAACACUCUACAAGCAGAGAGGAUGAUGCCGCGCAUUGCUAUUGCAGCAUGCAACAGACGCGAGUGCUGCUUAUUCUGCAGCCGCGACGUGUCAAAUGUGAUGUCUGUAUGACGGUGUGUCAAAUGUGAUCUGUGUGUUGGUUUCAGAGUCUAGACUACUAACCCAUAGUGUAAAAAAUGCUUUUAUAUUAUGGGACGGAGUAAGUAUAUCACUGCU